UUAUCAAUUUCAAUACUCGCCCCUUUUAUCUUUUUCAAGAACGUCGCACAUUUUCCUCCAAGUUUUUGGCCCAGUUUGCCUCAAGAUCAAGUGUAUUGUUGAUUUAGCGGCAUAAGUAUUUUUUUUGCACUCUCUCAUCGUUUUACCAUGCUAUUUUCUAUAGCAAUCUCAACUCGUAACAAUGUACAGUCGAAGAUGGCGAAGUCCGCGAAGUGCUAACCUUACAUCGUGCAAUUGUGAUCAAUACGAAAUGAAUAAUACUUAAUUCAUGUCUAUCAAGUAUAUUAUUUACUCUUUAAACUGAUGAAUUGAAGAGUUCGUCUGUUUUGUGGGAAUUUCUGUUAUCAUGCAAGUUAUCAGUUUGUCUAAAUCAAUUUUCCCUCAGCUCUAUGGACAAUGCAAGCAUGUGAACAAUCGGAAUGCCAUCUUUCAAGCCAGUCCCUUUAUUCAGUCAAACACCUAUUUCCAUAAAGUUUGUGAAGAUCUACGCUUGAAGUCAUUUUACCCUAAUUAUCUGAAAUUGAAGUACUUGAAUUCCGGGAGGAAACUUCAAUUCAAAUGGAGAAACUUGCUAUCAAAUUUGGCUGUACGUAAAAUUCCAGUCAUCCUGAAGAAACACUCAGCCAACAUUGUGAAAACAUGUUCAGAGCAAUGCGAAUUUGUAAUCGCUCACAGAAUUCGACGAGGUUACCAGAUAUUCAAUAUGUACUCCAAACUGUGGGGUGAAGUGAGAUUAUGGCUAUUUCUCAAUCGCGUGAAACAGCAGUUGGCAAGACGUGGUAGAUCGCUGAUCGUUGGCGCAUGUGUCGUGCAGUUCAACUGGGAGAGAGAGAGAAUUUCUGAUGAUGAAUUAUUCAGGCAUUCACGCGAAUUUGAAAGGAUUUACCGGUUACAGAGUACAAUAUCAGCCCCACUUUGCUCUCACUCAGAACUACAGUGCCAGUCUCAGGGCUCUCAAAAGAAAGAUCAUCAAAAAAGUAGUGUGUCCAAUGAGACCAUCUGCAAUUGUUCUCGUUGUAGAAAUUCGUCAGAUGACGGUUGGGUAGAAUUUUAUAGAGGUGAUAGUUUUAUUGUAUGGAAAAAAGAAGAAGUAGAUCAUAUUGGCGAAGGACUUUAUUGUUACAAAAUUUAUGGCUGUUUUCAUGAUGUUACUGCUGAGGAUUUUUUCCGUGUCCACUGUGAUACAGAAUUUCGCAAGGAGUGGGACAAAACAGCUUUAGAACUGGAAAUAAUCGAUUCGGAUGAGAAAUCAAACAGUGAUAUAAUUUAUUGGGAGCUUCUAUGGCCGAGAAUGUUUAGCAAUCGUGAUUAUGUUUUCAAUCGAAGAUUCCAAAUAGAUAAUGAGAAAAAGUUGAUCACCAUCGUCAAUGAAAGCACAGAGCAUCCAAACCGCCCAGAAGUUUCAGGCAAGCAUCGUGUCAAAGAAUAUUGGUCCUACAUGGUUAUAAAACCACGCACAGAAUUUCAUGAGCCGGGCGUGGAAUUUGGCAUUACUUAUUUUGAUAACCCUGGAAUCAGAAUCCCCUAUGCUGUUUCAUCAUGGGUCACAUAUUCAGGGCUAGCAGAUUACAUCAAACAGCAGUAUGAAGCAGCGGUGCUAUUAUCCAAACGGCGGAGGGAAACAUCAAGCCAAGAUGGAGAUAAUCCUAGUUUUAACAAAUUUAAACACUCUCUGAAGGAAUCUAGGAUUGAUAUGUCACAGGUUUUUCCUGCUGAUAUUCCCUCAAAAAAUCUGUACAUUUAAUCAGCAUGUGUUUCAAUAAUUGCUUUCAUUGCAUUCACUUCUGAAUGGAAAAAUGCAUAGCUAUAGGAGGAUAAUGUACCAUGAAGUGAGUAUUAUCUUGCCUUAUCAUGGAACAUUAUCCUGUGUCUUUCCAUAAAUUCAAUUUACGUUUCAUUCUGAGGAUACCACAGUGGUAACUUGUUAAAAAAUGAUGUGAAAAUCUCGUGGAAUAGGUAUUGUUAACAGAGACUUGAUGUGGCUGGUUUAAAUGCACUCUUAAUUAAUGUAAAUACAAGUCUCAAUAUGAAGCAUGCCUCUUACUCUAAGAGUUAGGCAGUUUGCCGAUAGUUACAGGAUGUAAGAUGUUCCAUCACAAAUUAUUCAUUUAAUCACAACCAAUGAGUCAUGUUAGUUCGCUUCAAUGCCAAAUGUAUGUUCAUUAUAUGCAGUGACAAUUGAAAGUGAAUCGGUAAAUAAUACAUUCUUGUCCAAUCAUGCAACGCCUCUUGAUUGAAGAAAUCAACCAUUGUAGCUUCAAAAGCAAAAAGGUGAUUGGAGAAAGUUUGCCAAAAUAUAUGACAAAUACAGAUACCUAUUCAAUUUAUGAGUUCCUCUUCAAGAAAUCGGAAUGUUGGGGGAGACAGACAUGAGAAAUUUUGAGGUUAUUUUUGGCUAAGAGAAUAACAAGAUAAAAAGAAAAGAGAAAUUGCGUUCUGUCUUCCUGUGAGGAAAACUUGUCUGAGAGCCACAAAUUCCGGUGAAAUGUUAUUUUAAAUGUCCUGAAGGAAUCCCAUGUUGAAGUACUUAUUUGAACUGUGAAUAGAUUGAAAGCGAUGAAUGUGGUUUAAAUACAUUUUUGUAACUCUUGGGAGAUCUCAGUGUAGAUGUGAUUUCUUUCUCGCUGUGUAUCUGUUCUCUUGUCACUGACAUUUUGUUGCUGAACUCAAUUCUGAAGAACAUUUUACAUUAUUUAAAGAGACAUUGUGUUUGUCCUUAAUUUUUCCUAAAAAUGGGAUUAAUUUAUUUAUUUCUAUUUUAUUCUGCAUUUGAUUAUCGGCCCAGAACAUCUCAUCUAAAAAGGAUUUCAUGUUUUGCGUAUCUUUGAGUCCAGUAUUGCCUACACUCGGAGCCUCACUUGCAAAAAGUUUCUCAAAAACUUCUGUAAGCAUCGGAAUAACCAUCACAAUGAACCUCUUUUGAAUGUCUCAUGGCUAGAUAGAAAAUCUCAGGUUCCUUUCUUUUUUUGUAGUUUUUGCUGUAUAAUUUUUGUGAUAGAAAAACUUUAAAGUUAAAAGUUAUUACGUUUUACUGUCUCAGGUACUACUAGCAUUAAAUAUUAAAGUAUCACAGGUUCUCAUGUAGACAUCUUUAUUGUGGGCUCUGCGGCUCUCCCUCAGAAGCAAAUGUCUCCCAUAGCAACUUAGGUUUUACCUAUUCCCUCUUUUGAAAUUCUAAUUUUGACUAAUUUUCAUGCAAGUUCUAUCAGAAGAAAUUUUUUUAACUCUUUUGAAAUUUUUGGAGAGGGGCAGGGGCAGCUGGAAAAUAACGACUACAAAUCAGCAUUGGGAGAAGAAAUGAAUGUGCUUGAAAAACGGAGAAGGCUCUGUAAAGGACUUUUCAAUUUUGUAACAAUUUAUUGGCCUUUGAUUUUGUGAAAGGUUACAGUGUUGCCAAAUUUUUGACUUGUUACUUCCCAUUGUCAAAAGAAGGAUCAAGCAAAUGCCAACAUUUUUAUCUCUCCCAGUUUCAGCCAUUAAGUGAAGUAACAGUCAACUAAUUAUACGACUUCUGAUUGCUUUAUUUUGUAGCAUGGGAUAUUCCUCAUAGACUUCAUCAAGUUUCGUCAGAUCAUUAAAGUACAAUGUAUACGAAAUCAAAUACCUAUCGCAGUAAAGGUAUUCUGUUUUGCCUCCCAGCUAGAAAGCUUCUUUUCCUAAAUAGAAUAGCACAAUCGAUUUUCUUAAUUGUAUUUUUCAUUAUUAUGUUCCAAUUUCUUUCCCAAUAGGAUUGACUGUUAUUUGAACUUUGAAAAACGUGUAAAAAUUGUUAGGAUGUCCGAGGUAGGGAACUUUUUUGUCCUUUUUUAAUGUAAAAUUUAUUUGAAAUUCACGUUUAAAAAAUUUAUGGAAAAAAAUUUGCAACAAAAUUUUGUUCAAUUCUUAAAAUCAUCGAUAUUGAUGCUGAAGACAAAAUUGCAACAUAGAAACUAAAAUUGUAUCUAAAAUUUUCGUCAAAAGUUAUUGGAAUGAUGUAAUCAAAACCUGUGAAAGUGAAUGGUGGCAUUUUUACAGAAAAAAAGAACGAUAAAGGUCUUCUAACUCGGAUGUACCAAUAGUUUUUUCAAGAGUUUUUCUUCAUAAUUUGCAAGUUUUUUCAAAUCCUUUUUAAACAGUUAUCAUUAGUUUUACUACUUUACUAUCAUCAGUUUUCAGAAUUGUAUUAUUUCCCUUUAUUAGCCAUGAUUUCAUUCCAAAAAAUUGGCACCUACUUUUUAAUAGUGAGAAUUUUCUACAUCUGUUCACAAAAAUUGAUGGGUUACUGUUGUCAAUAAUUUACCGACGCUGGUUCUCACGCAUUUUAUAAACUGUUUUCACACAGCUAUCCUCAAGUCUGUGGCGUUAAUUACCUAAUCAUUCUGUUUUGUUGAUUGUGAUUAAAUGAAGGUCACAGUAAACAAGGAUUUUUGAGAAUGUCAAGCUAGUUUUUUUUACUAUAAUUAAAAAGUGGUUUGUGAAAACCUUCCACCAUAAUUAUUUACGUAACACCCUAUUUUGUACAUCUCACCAAAGUUACAGACUUGAUUAGUAAGUCAUCAAAUAAAAAAUUGUGACCCAUAUUUUGUUUCAAA